CCGUUUGGAUGCCCGGACGGAUGUCUGCGGCCCUCUUGCAUCGGCUUCUAGGCCCCCGGGUCGCAAAGGGAGCGGCGGCUGCCGUUCAGCUGCGGCUGAAUGCAUCCAAGGCGUCGUCGUCGGAACCGGCGGUCCAGUCAGGCCAGACCACCCCCGCCGUGAGGCCUUACUCUCCCUUCAAGCCCACCAAUACCGUCGAGUAUGCACUCGCUAGGGCAGACGACCUGCUCAACUGGGGAAGGAAGAACUCCCUGUGGCCGCUGACGUUCGGCCUGGCGUGCUGCGCCGUGGAGAUGAUGCACAUUGCAGCUCCCCGCUACGACAUGGACCGCUACGGAGUCGUCUUCCGCGCCAGCCCCAGGCAGGCUGAUGUCAUCAUUGUGGCCGGCACCGUCACCAACAAAAUGGCGCCUGCCCUCAGAAAGGUGUACGACCAGAUGCUGGAGCCCCGGUGGGUGAUCUCCAUGGGCAGCUGUGCCAACGGCGGGGGCUACUACCACUACUCCUACUCGGUGGUGCGCGGCUGCGACCGCAUCAUCCCGGUAGACAUCUAUGUCCCCGGCUGCCCACCAACUGCCGAGGCCCUGAUGUACGGGAUCCUUCAGCUUCAGAGGAAGAUCAAGCGCAUGAACACUGCACAAAUGUGGUACCGGAAAUAAACAUCUAGUCGCUCUUGUGUAGACCCCCCC